GCAACUGUGUAUAAUAAACUUUUGAAUAAAUAUGGCUCCUAGACGCACGUUCACUGUUAAAGAAAAGGCGGAAAUCGUUUCAAAAUUGAAAAAUGGUGCAAACAAUGCUGAUUUAUGCAAAGAAUUCAAAGUUUCGCAUUCAACAAUAUCUACGAUGUGGAAAAACCGUGAUAAAAUAUUAGAGUGCUUUGAGUCCAAAUCCUUAAAAAUUAAGAAAAACCGCAAGCCGACGCAUUAAGAUGUUGAACAAGCCCUUCUAGUGUGGCUUAAAGCUCAAAGAAGCCAAAACGUACCUUUGAGCGGUCGUCUGCUGCAAGAAAAAGUUAAUCAUUUUGCCAGACUGUUUGGGAAAAUAGAUUUUGAGUGUUCGGAAAGCUGGAUAUACCGAUUUCGUCAACGGCACGAUAUUGUUGUAGGCAAAGUUUGUGGAGAAGCCGCUAGCGUGUCGCAUAGGGACUGUGACAACUGGCUAAAAACAGUUUUUCCAAAAUUGAUAAUAUGGAACGCAGAUGAGAUUAAGCUAACGCCUGAAAAAACAUUGAAAUUUAAAUGAGAAAAGUGCGUAGGUGGAAAAUUAUCAAAAGAUAGAAUCACCGUGCUUGUUGCAUCAAGCAUGGCAGGCGAAAAAAGAAAUUUAUUGGUCAUAGGCAAGGCAAAAAAGCCCAGGUGUUUCAAAAAUGUUAAAUCUUUACCAUUUGACUACCAAUUAAAUAAAAAGGCCUGGAUGACUUCAGAUAUUUUCGAAAACGUUCUACAAAAAUGGGACUCCCAGUUAAGAAAAAAAAAGAAGAUCAUUUUAUUUAUUUGCAAUUGCCCAGCUCAUCCUAAAAUUGAAAAUUUUACCAACAUAAAACUGGCAUUUUUACUGCCAAAUACAAUUCAACCUAUUGAUCAAGGAAUAAUUAAAACCCUCAAAAGUCAUUAUCGGAAGAUUUUAGUACAGAAAAUGAUGAACGAUGUCGAAAAUGCGGCAGGCUCAUUUUCCGUGAAUCUUUUAGAUGCUAUUGAGAUGAUAACUACGGCAUGGGCUCGAGUGACUCCUGAUAGGAUCAAAAAGUGUUUUCUACAGGCUAGGUUCUGUAAAACUUCGGUUAACAUAACAAUUGACGAUGAGUUGGAAAUACCAUUGGCACAGCUGACAACAGCGUCAAGCGGAACAAAUGUUGCGGAUUGGGAAACUGUCAGUAUUGACAGUCAGCUUAUCACGACUAGCAAUUUAACUGAUAAUGAAAUUGUUGAAACUGUUGUUCCAUCACCUACGACACAAGAUGAGGAAAAUGAGGAGGAAGAAGAAGAUGACAAAGAAGGUGAGAUUCCUACAACUGAGGAUGUGUUAUGUGCUGUGACAAGGCUCAAAAGAUAUUGUCUAUUUGGUGAUAGAAAGGAUACUAUAGACAUUGAAGGCGUAAUGAAAAUAGAAUACACCCUACAGCGUGUGCUAGCACAGAAAAAUGAAUUGAAGCAAAACGCCGGACCAUUUAACGCACAGUACAAAAGGUAA